AAUUCGUCCCAGAACUGCCUAAAAUCCAGAUCUUCUUUAGGGGUUCCUGAGCAUCUGGAGUUGUUUAACUUCAGACACAUUCAGAGUCUGGGGGAGGGGAGGGAUGUUGACUUCCCACAGAUCUGUUUCUGGAGUAAACACAUCUGUAGACAUCUGUUUAUGCCAUGAUGACUAAGAGACAAUGAAGCGAAGGAGAACGUAGCGUAUUUAUUCGACGUGUUAAGGAGGUAAAGUGUGUUUGUGUGUGAGCGUGUAAACAGUACAGAAGUUAGGGGGGUGGUGAGGGGUUGGCUGGCCACCCUGUACAGCCCCUUCCUGACUGCAUUGCUGACAGGAAGUUUAGAAAGAAAACGAGAAACUACUUUUCGCAUUUUUUAGGUUUUGUCUGCCCUCGUAUGUAAUGAUAAGCAGGAGGACGCACGGAUUGAGAUAAAAGGCAGGAAGGAGAGGAAUAUUAGCGGAGAAAGAGUGGGUAGAAGAUGGAUUACAAGUUUUGCUGUAUUCGGAGUCCCUUUGUAAGGAAUUACUUGUGAAGCAAAAGGACUUAGUGAAGAAUGUUGAGUGUCUGCAGAUCUGAAUGAUGAAAACAGCUGUUGGGACUCUGGAAACUGGAGCGCUUUGAAAGGUCAUCACUGAAGUCCUCUAAAAUAUUUUUCAGAUUCCCCAAAACUAUCUGCUGUUUGUGCAUUAUGCACUAUGCUCUCCUCUGCGCCUUCCACUGGACCUCCGGGUUCCCCUACCCCACCUCUCCCAGCGUCCUUUCAUUCACAAACCUCUCCUCUUUCUUCUAAUACCCCUUCCGUGCUGACUUCUACUCCAGCGUUCCCAUUAGUUGAUAUCUCCAGCAACUCAUCCGCUGACUCUGCCCCACUUCAUCUCCCUACUUCAUCUUCACCUCGACCUCCAACUUCCUCAGCUAAAAUUUCAUUUCCUUAUCCACCUCUGAAACCCAUGGCUCCUCAAGUUCCAAAGCCAUCCCUCCCUGCACAGCUCCCAUCUGCACUUCCAAAGAUCCCCUCCUCACCUCUGGCAAAACCACCUCCACCUCCUGUAGUAAGACCCUCAUCUCCACCCCAACCCAGACCCCCGCCGCCAGCGGUUUCGAAACCACCUGUCACCACGUCUCCAGACAACAAGACAAAUAAACCAGUCCUUCCUGGUAUCAGCAUCUUGGAGAAACUUAUUAAGACAUGUCCAGUGUGGCUUCAGCUCGGAAUGAAACAUGACAGAGCCUUUAAUAUACUGAGAAAAGAGACACCUGGGAUAUUUUUAGUCAGGAGGGAUUUGAGUCAGAAGCAGAUGGUGCUGUCAAUCCGUCUUCCUGACCAGCAGGGGGAGCCUCAGGUCAAAGAACUGCCUGUGAAAGAAGAAAAGCAAUUGCUGUACCUUGAAGGGUCGGUUCUGGUCUUUGAGAACAUUUUUAAACUCAUUGCUUUCUACUGUGUUAGCCGGGACAUUCUCCCAUUUCCCCUGAAGUUACCUCAGGUCAUCCUGCAGGUAACUAAAUAUGAGGACAUGGAGGUGAUCUCCUCGCUUGGUUCAGAGUUCUGGACUUCAGCACUGAACAGUCAUGAGGAAGUGGAAAAUGCCAGUGGCGCUUUGGAUAAGCAUGGGCAAAGUAGUUCCUGUGAAAUCCAGCUUUCCGUUGGCAGUGACCGGCUUUGGUAUGUCAACCCAAUUUUCAUUGAGGAAUGCAGCAACAGUAGGCCACCCACCUCACCCACGCCAGUCUUGAGAACCCAGAGCCUCAACACACCGAUCCAGGUCCCUCCCAAAUUCAAAAGGCCUCCUCCCCUCCGUCCCCGUCCUCCUAAUGCACUUGAGUGUUCACAACCACACGCAUCAGCCAAGGCAACAAAAGGCGAGUUUAAGUCAAUUCUCAGUUCUCCACCCCCGUCAGUCCAGAAAAGGGAAGGAAGUGACUGUGAGCGUGCAGAACGAGAACAAGAGCAACAGGGAACUCCUGGCUCAGACAUCAAGUGUGACACAGUCAAGCCAGCUGUCUUACAACCAAUUCAGAUCAAAGGCAGCAAGCAACCUGUUUCACACAGACCUCCUCCAGUGCCGACCCGACGGAGGCUAUCUGAUAAACAACCUUCAGAGGAGCCAAUGCAGCAGGAGGUCACCAUCAGUGUCUCUAGUGAGGCGGUGACAGAAGACAAAGUUCCUGUAGCAACUCUUAUUUGCCUAGAUGACAAUAUGGAUGAAAUGGAAAAGCCUGUGGAUUCAGAGACUCAAAUUCAGGAAGUGUCCGUGGAAGAACCUCAAGUAGCUAAUGGAGCUCCUGCAACGGUGACUCGGGCAGUAGCGACAGAAGCAACGAGGCCUGGCGCCCCGGUGGCGCCACCCAGGAGAAAAAGACAAUCUGAAAUUCUGGCCGGAAACUCACCUGUGCUAAGCACCCGAGAGUCCGCUUGCAUCCUUCCGGUGAACAACAGCAGCCCAACUCUUGUCCGGCACUCGCUCUGCAUCAACAUCGGUCACCCCAAAGCUACCGAUGUUUCUCUGUACUCUCCAGAUGGUGGAGCUCCACAUCCAGAAAACGAUUCCUACUCAACCAGCAGCACGGAGGAGGAGACGGAUGUGACGCCAGGUGCUCUAAUAAAAAGAUCCCCGACAAUCAUGUUGGAUCGUGCCAAGCAACGACUGUCGAUGGUGUCCAUGGCGAACCUUUCCAACGUCCUCACUGGUUUCAUGAAUGCGGACCGCAAGCUUCAGAAACGCAUUGUGGAGAUGUCCCGGGAUGGAAACACGUACUUUGGGAACCUUGUUAAAGAUUAUCGUGCUUUUACUUUGGAAACCAUGAGGAAACACUCCUCUAGCACAGAGAUGCUUCAAGAGAUCAGGCAGAUGAUAACCCAGUUAAAAAGCUACUUGAUUCAGAGUGCAGAGUUGCAAAAUCUACAGGAGGCGGCCGCAUAUUCUGAGGAGAAACUGGAGAUCAUCAUUGAAGCAGCACUAUGCAAAAGUGUCCUGAAACCUUUGAGGGAGGCUGUGUAUAACGGAUUGAAGGACAUCCACUCCCGUUCUGGAAAUCUUAAAAAACUGAAAGAGAACCAGCAGGUGGUUCUAGGGACAACUACCACUGACCUGGGGGUCACGACCAGCGUUCCUGAAACGCCCAUCAUGGAUAAGAUUCAAAUGAAGCUCAGUAACCUGCAUAAAGAAUAUUCACCGCAGAAGAAGAUCGACAUGCUCCUUAAGACCUGCAAGAUGAUCUACGAGUCAAUGACUGUGGGCUCCGCAGCAGGUAAGGCACAUGGGGCUGAUGACUUUUUGCCUGUGCUGAUGUAUGUAUUGGCUCGCAGUAACAUCACCGCUCUGCUGUUGGAUGUGGAGUAUAUGAUGGAGCUGAUGGAUCCUGCACUGCAACUUGGAGAGGGUUCAUACUAUCUAACCACUACCUAUGGAGCUCUGGAGCACAUCAAGAAUUUUGAUAAACAGGCUGUGACCAGACAGCUUAGUCUAGAGAUCCAGGACUCGAUUCAUCGCUGGGAGCGCAGACGCACCCUAAACAAAGCCAGAGCGUCACGCUCAUCUGUGCAGGACUUCAUAAAUGUGUCCUUUCUAGAGGCGGGCUCCAACACCAAGACCUUAGGAGUGCGUCCAAACACUACCGCUCAGAAUCUCUGCAGUCAGUGCGCUGAGAAAUUCGAAGUGUUGGACCCUGAGUUGUACUGUCUGAGUGUGCUUGUGGACGGUCAUUACAUGGCACUCGGACCUGAGGAGUUUCCACUCGCCAUUAAAUCCAGCCUGCACCACAGCGAGCCACGCAAGGAGUAUUACUUCGUGUACCGCCACGGUCGCUGGCCGGAACAAGAGUCUGUGGAGGAGACAGACCCUACGCCCGCACCCGAAGAGGAUUUGAUAUGAACUGUGUGUGUAUAUGUGUGCAAGAGUCCGUGAGAACUGUAUUUGAAUGGACAACUUUAAUAUACAGAAGAAUGUAACUAACUGAGGCACAGUUUACACACUAUGGUGCACACUAUGGAGUAUAGAGACUGGCUAACAAACAAUCAGCGUUGGCUUUAAAAUGCGUUUUGGAAACCAGCAGGAUUGGAAGAUCGAAUCAUUUUUUUUUUUAAAGAAGCAUGGUAUGCUUCAAAUAAAGAGCGUGCAUCAAAAAACUUUUUUUUUUUGAGACGCACACAAACUAACCUGACUUUUUUGGGGACUUUCUUUGACUUGAUGACUUUUAUAUUGUACAAACUGUAUAUUCUAUCCCCUUUCUCUAACCCCUAAACCUAAUCCUCAUCGAAAACCUGCUAUAUUUGAGAUGUUCAAAAAAAUAUUCUGUAUGAUGUAUAAACUUGUUCCCCACAAGGUCAAAAAAAAAAAAAAUGUACUGGUAUUACUAUCUUUGUGGGGACUUGGUCAUGCAUGCGCACACACAUGCUCACACGCACGCACAGAGACAUCAAAACUACAUGAUAUAAUCCUUCACCUUAUUUUUGGCUUUAACUUUGAAAUGAAACUUUUCAGCCAAAGCUUUUCACAUCUCAGGGUUUGUGACUCAUACCUGAUUCCGGUGCGGAUUUCUUCGUAAAUUGACAAAGCAUUGUGUACACAUACUAUAUUAAUAAAAAAGAACAGUGAACAGCAGUUUACAAGUGGGUAAUAAAUAAAAAGAAAUUAAAAGCCACAACACGUCUUGCUUGCGAAAUCUAAAAUGGUUCCAUUCCUCCGUUCAAUGUUUGCAGAAAUAAAUAUGAAAAAAAAUUCGAUUCUGUUCUUUGAGAAUCGAUUUUUAAUCGACCACGUUUUAAAAAACGAUUAAUCGAAAAAUCGAUUUUUAGCCCAGCCCUAUUUGUUAUACUGUAGCAUAUCCUAAAUGCCUCUAUUUGGUUGGGGAGCAAAACGUGCUGUUUUAAUGUGUGUACCUUUAAAAGCAAAUGAGCUACAGCUCCUUACUCCCUUACCAACGAACAUUGAGCACUUUUGGUAAAAAUAGAUGUAAUUUCUGUCCAUACAGUCUGAGAGAAUAGUAUAGUUAGCCACAUUAGCGCUACAACUUAACACAUUUGGGGUAAAAUUAACCGGUCAGUUGGGUCGUGGGCGGAGCUUUGUGAGUGUGAUGUCACAUUAACAAGAGAAUCAAAACAGCAUGAUUUGGUUUAAUGGGGAUUUUUUUCACACACUGCCAACACAUUUAUGUGAUUUUACAUAAUAUGUGCCAUUUAAGUGCACUUAAACUUUUACUGUUGCUGUUUUUUAUCUGACAACUUAUACAAUAGUUUAGACACAAGUUAACUUAGUUUUCCAGUAUAUUGUGGUAAAUAAGUAAAGCAUGUACAUAUACUGUAUGUAUCACACAACAUGUCUGUUUCAGUAAGCACAACACGUCAAACCAAAGAUGUUAUUAGUUUAAUUUUUUACUGGUAAUAAAUAUCUUUUGGAUUGUU